AGCCCAUAGAGUGCUAAAGUGACAGACUCUAGACGUGAUAAUUGACACUGAUUGGAUAGGCGGAGCCUAGCGACAUUGAAGAAUGCGCCGCGCACGGUAUGACUGCUGUGCCGCUAAAGGUUUCGAGUACGUGCAUAGGGUAUUGUGAACUAAAAUGUCGAAUAAGGACCCGGUGGACGAGGAGGAAUUAGACGCUAAGAGACCAAGCAGGGGUAAAAGAUACAGCUUGCGGCCGGUUACACGGGAAUCGAGGACUAAACUUGCCGCACUAGCGGCCUUAGAGGAAGAAAGCGAUUGGUGCGACUACUGCUUCAAGAGCUCACACCGACACAAGAAGUAUGCUCACUUACGAUCAAACAGAGAGUGCGCAACGGCAAGAGAAAGAAGCCGGAUGCACUCACUCAAUGACGCCUUCGACAGCCUCAGAAAAGCCAUCCCUAAAACAAACUAUAACCAGGAGGAGAAACCCUCUAAAAUUGCGACUUUAAGACUUGCGAUCCACUAUAUUGCGGCGCUAUCGGACAUUCUAGGGAAACCUAUACCUGAGCCUGAACCGAAGGAAGCGAGAAGGGAUGGGGAAUCUCGAGCAAAGAGGGCGCGCUUGGAUGAUACUCAAGAGCUAAAUUCCCCUUCAGGAGAUUCCAGCUCAAAUAUUCCUACUGAUAACGAGUCUGAGGGUUCACCAGAGAGUUUUAUCUUCGAACAAGGAUUGUGGUACCUCGCGGAACAAGACGAUGAUCCCGAUUCACUUCUGAACGUCGAGGAGACGUACGGACUUAGACCACUUACCACGUGACCCGCCUAGAACAAUGAGCGAUCGUACGAACUCAAAACCAACCACGUGACCCACCUAGACCAAUGAGCGAUCGUUCAUAGGCUUGGUAAUCUGUCGAUUGAUUCGCCAUUUUUGUGUUGCGCGUGGGACUGGGUCGAGUUGAAAGCCAAUAGCAUAAGGGACAACAUGGCGUCGUAAACACAUUGAUGUGAUACUGAAUGAAAGCUAGUAAAUGGACAGUCAGUUUCGGCAAUUCAGCUCCCGGAAUUUUUUUGUUAGUUAGAUUCGCAACAUUAACAUUGACAUCGUUCCGAAAGAUGUAAUUGUUGAUGUUGUAAAUCUAAAUAAUGUAUAAGAGGACGCAAUUCAACAUCAGCGUCGACGACGCUAUGUGUACCUUUAUAUGUCCAAGCAUGCUGUUUACUUAUAAACUCGACCCACUUUCCCUGCGUGCUGUGCUCACUAAUCAUAAAGAUUAAGAAGAAAAGUCCCAAAAAAACUUCAAUCAAUUCUUGGAUUCAUUAAAGCUGGACGAAACCAGAAGAAAACCAAACGAUAUUAAGACAUUUUUUCAUUAAUUUCUCAACACAAACAGACGUGUGAUUUAUUGAUGUGUAAAUAUUUAUGGUUGCGUUCAUUAUAAAACCGACGUUUUAACAGUACAUGCCACCAUAUUUACAAAUACGACAAAUAUAUUUUAUAAACGAAGUAAAAUGCGUCCAUCGAAUAUAAACGCAAUAGUUACUACGA